AGUGAAGCUACAUAAUAUUAUUUAUCUGUGGCUUCUUGCAGUUGUCAUUUCGUUAAAUUUCCUUUCGUAGGUACGCCUUGGAGAGUUUUUUUCCUAAAAAUAAAUAGAUAAUAUAUAAUAAAUAUAAACUCAACAUGGAUGUCUUUCUAAUGAUUAGGCGAAAAAAAUUAACCAUCUUCACCGACGCGAAGGACACGACAACUGUGCUAGAAUUGAAGAAAAUGAUCGAAGGUAUCCUGAAAGUGACCCCACAAAGUCAGAUGCUGUUCAAUAAGGACAGCCAGCUGAUGGAGGAUGAGAAGACCCUCGCUGAGUACGGGCUAACAUCCGCUACUGCUAAGGCCCAGUGUCCCGCACCUAUUGGAUUGGCUUUAAGGAAGGAAAAUGGCGAAUUUGAAGCCUUGGACCUGACUCCGUACUCUUCGCCGCCCGACUUGCCUGAUGUGAUGAAAUCACAGGAGACCAACGGACAAGAACAAAUGGAUCAACACUAGAGACUCGGCUGUGGUUUGGACGCACCUGAUGCGCGCACCAACUCUGCAUCGCAAGGAUUUUGUAAUAUACCAGUUCAUGUCACGUGAACUACUCGCUCGAGGCCUCCACCAUCGGUCCGCGAACGACACCUUAAUUAUAUUUUUUUGCAUAUAA